AUGAAGAGUUUUCUCGGUGUUACCAUUCAUUUUUUGGAAAACAAUACAUUUGUAUCUGGAACAUUAGGUGUGUACAAACGCAACGAAUCACAUACUGCUGUGUAUAUUAGUCAAAUAUUUGAAGAAAUAUUAUUUGAAUGGGGAUUAAAUAAAUCACAGAUAAUUGCAAUUGUCACUGAUAGUAGUGCAAAUAUAAAGAAAGCAGCAAAAACCACAUUUGGAGUAUGGAAAUUUAUUCCAUGUUUUGCUCACGCCAUUAAUUUGAUUUCAAACUAUUCAAUUGAUAACUGUGAAGGGUUAAAUGAGUUGAUUGAAAAAGUUAGAUGUAUUGUCAAAUAUAUAAAAAACAGCGUAAAUGUCAGCGAUGAAUUGCGAAAAUACAAACAAAAUAAUGGAAUAUUGGAAGGAAAUAUACUUAAAAUUAUAUUAGAUGUGAAAACACGUUGGAACAGUAUGUACUAUAUGGUAGAUAGAUUUUUAAGUUAUUUCUAUAAUAUUUCGUUGGAGAAACAAAAAGCACCAGAUUGUCUAAAUACCAGAGAGGUAAACACACUUAAAGAAGUUAAACAUUUAUUACAACCUUUAGAAGAUUUAACUAAAAAAAUAUCUGGUGAUAAAUAUCCUACCUACUAUAAGUUGUAUGUUACCAUUAAUAAAAUGUGUUAA